CACGCUAUGACUGAGGAAUUUGUGACCCUCAAGGACGUGGCCAUGGACUUCACCUUGGAAGGUUUGGAGGAGCUGGGGCUGGACCGGGGGGCCCUGUUCUGGGACACAGCACUGGACAACUACCAGGAUGUCUUCCUGCAGAACCCCCUAAGCCCCAACCUGACCUCCCACCUGGAUGGCACGGGAGAGGUGGAGGCCCUGGUGAGAGGAAGCCCAGAAGCAGCGGGCCCUGACAUGGUUGAGACCAAGAACUCUCCUCUGCAGCACGAUUUCUUGGAAGAAGGACUCUACCAGGAGAUUAUGGAGACGUUGUCCAAGGAUGGCCUUUGGAACUCCAAUUUUGGAGAAGAUUGUAUAGGCGAGAGCUGGUUAGACAGUUUGCUGGGAGAUCCAGAAAGUCCCCUGAGGUCUGACGUUAUCACCAACAAGGGAAGUCCCACAGAAUGCAAGAGUCCCGAAUUCAAGAGAGGCCUCAGUCCUGCGUCCCUGUUUUCCACAGGAGAGAACUCUGUGGUGCAUGAUCUUCCUGAAAAGAGCCUCACACCAGCUAAGUCUAAGGAAUAUAUGAGUAACUUUGGCUACUGCUCAGACCAGAGCCAGCAAGAUUCUGUCCAGGGAGGGGAGAAACCGUAUAUGUGUAGCGAAUGUGGGGAAAGUUUCAGCCAGAGUUACCAUCUUACCCAGCACUGGAUUCUUCAUGCUGGGGAGCAGCCUGCUGUGCGUCAGGAGUGUGAGCGAGGUUUCAACCAGAGUUCUUGCCUUUUUGUGUAUCUGAUGACUCCCAUUGGCUACAAAUCAUUUGUGUGUAAUGAAUGUGGGAAAACUUUUAGUCAGAAUACUCACCUUCUACGGCAUCAGAAAACUCACACUGUAAGAAAACCACGUAAGAAUCAAGGUGGUGACCAGUCCAGUCAUGGCCCACGGCCCGUUAAGCCUAAGAAAACUUACAUAGGUGGUAGGUUCUUUAAAUGUAAUGAAUGUGGCAAGGCUUUCAACCGGACCUUUCAUCUCACUCAGCACCAGAAGACCCACGCUGGGAAACGCUAUGAAUGUGCCAAAUGCCAGGCGACCUUCAACUUGAGGAAACAUUUCAUCCGACAUGAGAAAACUCAUGCUGUUGAAACUACCUCCGAGUGUCAGGAGUGUGGGAAGGCCUUCAGGCGGAGUUCCCUGCUCGUCGAGCACCAGGCUGUUCAUACUGGAGAGAAACCCUAUAAGUGCAAUGAAUGUGGCAAACCCUUCAGCCAUACCUCUACCCUGAAGAUCCAUCAGAGGGUUCACAGUGGAGAGAAGCCUUACAAAUGUGGUGAGUGUGGGAAAACCUUCUGCCGAAACACUCACCUUAGUGAACAUCAGCGAAUUCAUACAGGCCACCGACCCCACAGAUGUCAGGAAUGUGUCAAGUGUUUUGACCGGCCCUCACGCCUGAUUCGACAUCAGUCCAUUCACACCACAGAAAAGCCCUACAGCUGUGCUGAAUGCAAGAAGACCUUUAGCGAUAAUGAACACCUUGUGCAACACCAGAAAAUCCACACCAUCGAAACCCCCUAUGAAUGUCAGGAGUGUGGAGAACGCUUCACUUGCAGCUCAACCCUGAAUUACCACGAGAGUGUUCACACCAGAGAAAAACAAGGAUUUGAUGUGAGCAGGAAGAUCUUGGAUCAGAACCCGGAACAGGGAGAGCAUCUAAGGCUUGGUGAGAAGUGCUUUAAGUGUAACAAAUGUGAGAAAACCUUUAGCCAAAGUGCAUGCAUCUCAGAGCAUCUGUUAGUUCACACUGGACAGAAACCCUUUAAAUGUAACAAGUGUGACAGAGUCUUCACCCACAGCAAUUACCUUAUUCAGCACCAGAGAACUCAUGCUAGAAAGAAGCCCCUUGAGUGUAAAGAAUGUGGGAAGACAUUCCGCCAGAGCUCAUGCCUAUCUAAGCAUCACAGAGUUCACACGGGGGAGAAGCCCUACGAAUGUGGCGACUGUGGGAAAGCCUUUAACCUAGGCGCUAAACUCAUCCGCCACCGGCGAGUUCACACUGGAGAAAAGCCUUAUGUUUGUCAGGAAUGUGGGAAAGGCUUCAGCCAGAGCUCAUGCCUUGUUACUCACCAGAGAGUUCAUACCGGGGAGAAGCCCUAUGUGUGUAGCAUAUGUGGGAAAGCCUUUGCCCAGAAAGCAAAUCUAACACAGCAUGAGAGAAUUCACACGGGGGAGAAGCCUUACACCUGCAAUGUGUGUGGCAAAGCCUUUGGCCUCAGCGCCCAUCUCAGUCAGCACCAGAGAAGUCACACCCAGGAGAAACCUUAUCAAUGUCCACAUUGUCAGAAAGCCUUUGGGUGCUGCUCAAGUCUCAGACGCCAUCAGCGAGUACACAGGUAACAAGCAGCUACGCUGCCUGCUGCCACUGGGUGGCAGCAGAG